UGAAUAAAAUUGAUGUAGAAGCAUUCUUUAUAAAAUGCUUGCAUUGUUGCGCAAGGCCAAUAAAAUGCCAUGUCGCCUUCUCGCUCCAUUAUUACUUCCUUCUUCUUCAGCUGCUCUUUCCAUCACUAAUUUCAACGCCACUCACUCUCUCACCGCUUCACAUAAUCACCUUCAUCUUCCCAGGUUGUUGGGUUCACGACCGAAGAUUGGAUUUUGGGGUUCGUUGAGAGGAAUGGCAACGAAAAUGCCAGAGAACAUUUCAUAUCUAAACCAGAAAGAAGCUGCUGAAGUUGAUGAGAUACUUAUGGGACCUCUUGGUUUCAGUGUUGAUCAACUUAUGGAACUGGCUGGUUUGAGUGUUGCUGCUGCAAUUGCAGAGGUCUACAAAUCAAGUGAGUACAGUCGCGUUCUUACUAUUUGUGGUCCUGGCAAUAAUGGCGGUGAUGGUCUUGUAGCUGCUCGCCAUUUAUAUCACUUUGGCUAUAAACCAUUCAUAUGUUACCCUAAGCGUACUGCUAAGCCACUUUAUAGUGGCUUGGUAACUCAGCUCGAGUCGCUGUCGAUUCCUUUUUUGUCAUUGGAAGAUUUGCCAAAGGACUUUUCUGACAGCUUUGACAUUCUAGUGGAUGCAAUGUUUGGGUUCUCGUUCCAUGGUAGCCCAAGGCCACCUUUUGACGAUAUAAUUCAGAGAUUGGUGGCACUAAAGAUUAAUGGCGAUACACAUCAGAAAUCACCUGCCAUCAUCUCUAUAGAUAUUCCAUCUGGAUGGCAUGUGGAAGAAGGAGAUCUAAGUGGUGAAGGUAUUAAACCUGACAUGCUGGUUUCUCUAACUGCCCCAAAAUUGUGUGCCAAAAGGUUUUCUGGUUCGCACCACUUUUUAGGUGGCAGAUUUGUUCCACAUUCCAUAAGAAACAAAUUUAAUCUCCAAUUACCAGCAUAUCCUGGCACUUCCAUGUGUGUCAGAAUUGGAAAGCCCCCAAAAAUUGACAUAUCAUCUCUGAGGGAGAACUAUAUUUCUCCUGCGCUGCUUGAGGAGGAGGUUGCCGCUGACCCCUUUGAUCAGUUCCAAAAGUGGUUUGAUGAUGCAAUGUCGGCAGGCCUGAAGGAACCAAAUGCCAUGGCCUUGUCAACUACUGGCAAAGAUGGCAAGCCUUCAUCAAGGAUUGUAUUGCUGAAAGGGGUUGACAAAGAUGGUUUUGUCUGGUACACCAAUUAUGAAGGCAGAAAGGGUCAACAAUUAGCUGAAAAUCCUCAUGCGGCACUCCUCUUUUACUGGGAUGAUUUGAAUCGCCAGGUAAGAAUUGAAGGACCUGUGCAAAAAGUUUCUGAUGAGGAGUCUGAGCAAUAUUUUCACAGCCGUCCUCGAGGAAGUCAGAUUGGUGCUAUAGUUAGCUCGCAGAGCACAAUUAUUCCGGGAAGGCAAGUUCUCCUUGACGAAUACAAACGAUUGGAGGCAAAAUACUCUGACGGAAGUGUGAUUCCCAAACCAAAGCAUUGGGGAGGCUACCGGCUUAAACCUGAAAAGUUUGAAUUUUGGCAAGGACAGAAAUCUCGCUUACAUGACAGGUUGCGUUAUAUCCCGGAAACAGUUGAUGGAACGACAGUGUGGAGGAUUGAGCGAUUGGCUCCAUGACUACUUGUGUUGAGAGCAUCCUCAUUAUGAAGAUGCCAAUUUGUUAUGCUUCCUUCCAUUAGCCAUUCCUUUCCCUUUCUCCUCUCUCCGCCUAUUUGAUCAUGUGCGUGUAUACUGCGGAGUCGAGUCAGUCGGAGGACUUAUUGCAUGACUUGAAGCCGUCAUAUUUGUUUCUAGUUACGUUACUCCUUUGAGAUUUUGUAUGAUAAAAAGCUAGAGAACGAGCCUGUAAAAUUAUGAGAUUUUGUAUGAGAUUGGUUAAGGUUUUUAUUAUUGAACUCAUUUAAUUUUUAAA